AUGUCAGGAACGAAUAUUGAAACAGGCCCUAAUAAUAAUAACAACAAUCAACAUAAUCAGACAACUUUGUCAAAUAAACCAUUCCUCGGAAGCAACACAUCCAUUGGAAGGACUAAUAGGGAUGGGAAUAUUCCCGUUCGAGCUGUCAGUCCAAGAGUACGAUGGGUCGAGGACAAACAUAAUGAAGAGUACGGCUCGCAACAAUUAACAGCAUCACAACAUAAUUUAAAUAAUUUGACUCCAUCCGAAGAAGGAUGGUCGACUGUUAGGUCACCUUCAAGAGUCAUCCAACAGCCAAUCAGGGCUGUCAGUCCGAGAGUAAGAAGGAACACUGAGAAUGAUGAAUUGCGUAAAGAUAAUCAGGAGUUGGGCGAGGUUCCCACAGCGGGAGAGCUUUUGGGACGAAGUCAUGAAGAAUUAGUUCUGCUCUUGAUUCAACUAAGACGAAGACAUGCUGCCACACAUCGAUCUAUUGAGCAAUGUUGCGCCCAAAUUAGUAGCAUCGAGGAGUGUAUGAGCUCAUUGAAAGCUAUGGAGCGUGAAGAGAGUUUGCAACGUUUGGAACAUUUGAAGAUGCAAUUAAUGGAUUUGGAAAGUCAGUAUGAGAAAAGCAAACCUCUGGUACAGCUGGUCGAUAAUAUGGUGAAGUUAGGCUCAUUGUAUAACAGACCGGGUUCAACUAUUGAGAGAUUGGAAAGGAAUCAGAGACUCAGACAGAAAGUUCUAGCUGAGCAUGCUUUGGAACAACAGAGGUGGUUAGAAAGUGCAGCUGCUGGUAAAGCGUUAGAGACGGAGGCCGCUCGUGUGAGGGUGUCCGAGCUGUGGGCGCUGGAACAGGAACUGGCUGAUGAAGCAGCCAUCUUACAGGGUCUGAAGACUGAUAAAGAUGCCAUCGAUUCAUUACUUACUGGUGUUCGUAGUAAACUAACAUCAGCUAGCGCGAGCCAGCCCGGCCUUGAGAUGGAGUUAGCGAGGGUGCACGCGAUGUUGGCGCACAAUUCAAAGGUUUAUAAGAAAUUGGAGCAGACGGUAGCAGAUAACGCUCGUUUAGAACGAGAGCUGCAUCAUCUGCGGCGGGCGUUGAGAGCACAACGAGCUAACACACAGACACACGCACAUCCCACCGCUAUGUUAGAAGACGAGGUAUCCCGUGUUCAACAUCUUGUAUCGGCCCUACAACGUCAGAGACAGGAGUUAUCACGAGCCGUAAGACAUUUGACACAACAGUCACAUGUACUACAAACAACACAUGAAUCCAAUGGAAAACGUCGUCCAAUGUCCUCGUGGCAGGAGACAAAUCUUGAUACAGGUCACACCAUUGAUCAUGGGCAUUCUGAUUAUGACUAUGAGCCAUCGGCUCCAUUACAGCCGGGACAUUACGGACAGAGUAUGGAAACACCACUAUAUGUUGACACACGAUCACCUGGAAUGGAUGUCGCUUCACCUAUUAACAGCGAAGAUAUGCAGCAUACUGCUUUUGGUAAUUUAACCAACGUAGAGAAACAAGAAAUCAAAACAGUUCGUAUAGUCAAAAGAGAGAGCGAACGACGCCAGAGAGAUAGGGAGCGUUCAUUACAGCCGAUGUCCGAUUGGUCCGCAAACAAUAUUACUAAUAUCGAUCAGUUCCUAGAAGAAGAAUUAGUGCAGCCGAUAAAUAACUACCGAGCAUCAUCUCUACCAAGAACUGACUACAGCAAAUACGAAGAAUAUUAUUCAAAACCACAAAAUCCAGAACAAUCGCCCUAUAUUAGAAUAAACGACAAAAAUAUGGAUCAAAGUCCCAAAUAUCCGUCGAGCCCAUCAUUAUCUAACUAUGAUUAUUCCCGAGACAUAUCUUCAUUAAGCAGCAGCUAUCACAGAAGUUAUGACAAAUCAAAUUACGAUCGAACCAAUUCAUUAUCCACGCAAUACUUAAAUACGCCCACAGAUAGCGCUAGGACGCUAACAAACGAUCCUAUAUCAAAAACUAGCAGUAUGGCGAGUUUGACGAGGUCCAACAUAGAAUUGUCACCGAUAUUUAAAAGCGAGGCAGCCAAGCAAAUUAUAACUGAAAUGUCAAACGAUGCUCCAAAGAAUUCACUUCAUAGACGGCAAGUACCAAAAGAGAAAAGGCGACACUACACCGCCCCACAUCACCUCAGCGCGAAAACCUUGAAUGAAAUGCCUAAAGAUGUAUACAACCAGGAUGCUUUAGGUAGGUCAUUAGAUGACGCGGAUAUGGAGCGAGCUCUCCGUACAGGCGCUCCAGACGUUGUACGCUCGGCCUUACCACGUCGUGUACCAGAUUCUAUAGAUCAAUUACUCGCCGCGCCACAGAAGAUUAUUAUACCGGAGAGAUAUAUACCGGAGAAGCCACCAGAAUUAUCGCCUGAAGAACAGCAAAAGCGUCAGGAGAAAGUGGAAUCUAUCAAGAAAAUGCUAACAGGUUCUUCAGCGGAUCCUAGUAAGAGCCCGGACGGUGAAGACAAGAGACAGCGCGAACAUCUGCUGCAGAUGAACCAGCUGCUGGCGAAACAGGUCACUGAGAUGAGCAAGAUCAUAGCUGUUAAAGCAUUAGAAGAGCUGCCAACACAGAACAACGAUGAGGACUACGAAGAUCGCUCGCCAGACGUCGAACUACCAAUAUAUCAGCAAAGAUAUAAUUUCUUCACAUAA